AUGUCUAAGCAUUUUGUUCGCUCUAUUAAAAACGUAACAAAUAGAUAUACGCCCACUGAAAUCACCGUUAGAAAUGCUACAAGUAAUGAACCUUGGGGGCCAAGCAUCUCGGAACUUAAUGAAAUUGCACUAUUAACUUAUCACGAUAAAUAUCUCAAGGAAGUUCUCGAUGUACUUGAAAAACGACUCAAUGACAAGGGCAAGAACUGGCGUCAUGUGAUGAAAGCUCUUACAAUUCUUCUCCAUUGUAUCUAUGAAGCUUCAGAUCUAGUGGUUGACUGGCUCAAAAAAAAUCUUUAUCUAAUUAAAACCCUACGCGAUUUCCGUUAUGCCGAUGAUCGUAACAUUGAUCAAGGUGCUCCUAUCAGGGCAAAAGCAAGUCUAAUUACAGAAUUGAUUGAAUCUCCUGAAAAAAUGGCACAGGAAAAGAAACAGUACCAAGAACUACGUGCAAACAUGGCAAGACCAGGAAUUGUAGACUUGGCUACUGGUAAUGCUGCACCCGCAAAACCACGUUUAACCCUCGAUCUUUCAUCCUCGGGCCGGCCCCGUCGCAGUAUCAGUACGGCUAUUGUUGCUGCAAACUCAGGGCCUCAAGGCCCUUCUUCUACCUCUUCUGCUUCUGCUUCUGCUUCUGCUUCAUCAUCUUUCUCAUCUAACAAUUAUCAUAACACUUCAGCUACAUCUUCCGUUACAAGUCCACGCAGCUCACUCGAUGCUUGGACACAACAAUCCAGCUCAGGGGCUUACAGAAAUAAGGCUCGUGUUGCACCCAAACCCUCCAUGGAAGGCCGUUAUUCUCUGUCUCUCCCCCUCCAUUCCAUCAUUGAGGAAUCCCACUACUCUGCACCUACGCCACCACACUCUGUUUCCGCAGCAUCGGUAGUGCCUACUCGAGCACCACUCUCUUCCUCAUCCAAUAAUACACCAUCGCCUCAGCCCGUUUCACGGAUUCAGACAUUUUCCACCGCAGCUGGAAAUGUCAGUAAAAACUCUGGAACCAUUAGAUUGGUGGUGGAUAAUGAGGAAGUUGUUGGUAACUCAAUAAUAUUAACAACACCAACAACACCAACAACAUCAAAAAGUUCAGCCGUUAGGAUUCCAGUAAGCGGCUCACCCACAAAAAUAAAGGGUAACCAGAUUGGCGCAGCAUCAUCUGCGCCAUUACCCGCAACAAUAAUAACGUCGAGAUCACCACCCCCUGUGAUGACAUCAAUGCCUGUAUCGGCACCAACCCCAGUCACUGGUAAUAUACAACAAACAACCAUUCCGGUGACUGUGCUUGCUCCGAUUGUGACGAGUGCAGUAAGUCUGAAUAGUUCUCAUAACAUGUCUGCAGGGAGUAGCAUUAGUUUGUCAUCGCCAAUGAGCAGUAACAAUCCGUUUUUCAGUAUGGUUGCAGCACAGGAACAGCAGCAACCUCAAUGA